CCGCCUGACCCGCCUUCCAUGGGCGCUCUUGUUGCCUCCGCAGAUGAAAGAAACAAUCAUGAACCAAGAAAAGCUCGCCAAGCUGCAGGCCCAAGUGCGCAUCGGUGGCAAGGUAAAUAUGUUUACCAACCAAGGAACAGUCGUUCACUUCAAUAACCCUAAAGUUCAGGCAUCUUUGGCUGCUAACACUUUCACUGUCACCGGCCAUGCUGAGACAAAGCAGCUGACAGAAAUGCUUCCUAGCAUCUUAAAUCAGCUCGGAGCUGACAGUCUGACCAGCCUGAGGAGAUUGGCAGAAGCUCUACCCAAGCAACCUGUGGAUGGAAAAGCACCACUUGCUACCGGUGAAGAUGACGACGAUGAAGUUCCAGAUCUUGUUGAAAACUUCGAUGAAGCUUCAAAGAAUGAGGCAAACUGAACUAAGUGUCACUUUCUGAAUAAAGUUAAAACUUGAAAAAGCUACAUGGAGCUGCUAUUUUAUAUUGUGACUGCUUUGAUUUUAUUUUUAUUUCCUGAUGAGAUCUCAAGAUCUGUGAUAUUUGGAAACUCCUUGAACCUGCAGCUCUUUAGUUACUGCUUGUACACAAUAUUAUUUUUGUGGCCUGAUUGAACAAACCUAUGCUUUGAAAUAAGUCAGAUUGCUAAUGAAUCUCUGCCUAGACACAAUUUUUGAGUAACUUGUAUACAAGCAAAACCUCAUCUUUGAUGAACUUUGGCAUACAAUAAAAACAUAAA